AUGCUGUCGAAAGCGCAGUCUUGCUUCCAGCUUCUGAGGAUAGGCUGCUCCUCCUCGCCUAGCUCUGCGGUGUCUGAGUCGGCCAGAGACUUGUACACGUUCAGGCCGGCUCUGACCCGCUCCGUGUUCCGCCUGGGUCGGAAGCCGGAGCUCUGCGACGUGACGCUGCAGUCCGCCCUGAUCUCCAGGGUCCACGCCGAGCUGCACACGGAGAGGGAGAAAGAGGGCGAGGUCGAGGAGGCCUGGAGGGUCUGCAUUAAGGACUGCAGCAGCCACGGCACUUGGGUGAACGAACUCCGCCUUCAGCGAGGAGUCCAGUGGGAGCUGUCGGAUGGGGACACACUCACGUUUGGAGUCCAGUCAGAUUCUGGAAGCCCCGAGUUCUACUUCCUUUUCCAAAAGGUUCUGGUUCGACCCUCGGAGUUUGAUGCCAUUACGGUCCCUAAGGCUGCCUCUUUCUCCUCUGACCUGAAGAGCAGGAUCAGAACCAAUUUGGACCCCAAAACGGAGACAAAUUUAGACCUCUCUACUUUGUCCAUAAACAGGACAACUGUAAUUUUGAACUCCAUUGGAAGCAUUAGUAAAAUGAGUGGGAGUUGGUGGACCUUCCAGAGGACUGAUAAUAAAGUAGACCCAAAUCCUAGCUCUUUAGCUCUGCCAUCCUUAGUCUCCCCAGUAACACCACCCCCCUUUUGCUCCACCGCCACCAUCUCUUCCUCAAUGUCUGUACCACCUUCUUCUAAAAGCCGACGUAAAUCUGCUCACACUGUCUUGCUUGAGGAUGACAGCUGCGAUGAAACGAUCAUGAAUGGAGCGACGGGUGAAGGAAAGAGGCCGAUUGCGAUGAAGAGAAGGCGGCUCUGCAAGUCCGAAUCGGAGGUUUUCCAUCUGCCGUCUAAAGUGGAGCACCAUGUGAACAAUCGGCUACUUUUCAAGUCGGACAUGCAUCAAAAUGGAUGCUCUCAUGGGUUGCAGUCCAAAGCAAAGCCGAAUAAUUUUUCUUCAGUUUCGGGCCAAAGAGGGGAGUUCAAUUUGAGCCUUAAAACAUAUUCAAAAGUGACUAUCUCACCUAAAGCCACUCGAGGGAGGAGGAGGGUCAACAGUUUCCCUGUUUGUUCCCCUCUAGUGGCGGGAAGGCAGAAUUACACCCUUACUUCUCCAUCCCUGACAUUUUGUGAGGUAGACAGACAAGAAAGUGGGACACUUUUUGGAGCGCAUGUCAGUAGUGGCAAACGUCGGGGAAGACCGAGGAAACAACCCCUGGGCCCCCAGCCAGCCCUCCGUUCUCCGUUCAUUUCCUCCUCCUCCUCUCGUCUGGAGGGAGAACGGGUGAGGGGAGACGAAACCUGCGCCUCUGGCCGCUGCCGCACGCCCCAGCAAGACACGGUGCAGUGGAUCCAGUGCGACGACUGCGAUGCGUGGUACCACAUCGACUGCAUUGAAUGCGACCCGCAGAGUCGCAUGCUGGACACCAGUGCGGACUUUCACUGCGGGUGCUGCUGA